UUUGGCCAAAGCUUUCCGAAAACACGGUCAAAAGGAUAUAUUUUUUCAAAGGACAUCGUUGACGUCGGUGAGAUGGCGAAGUCAAAAGCACACAGCAUCGAUUACGACUCUGGUAGAAUGGACGGCGAGAUAAAACUCAAGCGCGAGGUCGGACUCUUCGGCGGUAUCUGCUUUGUCGUGGGGGCGAUGAUUGGUUCGGGAAUCUUCGUAUCCCCGGUCGGCAUUCUUCGGGAAACCGAAAGCGUCGGAAUGAGUCUCGUCAUCUGGCUUCUCUGCGGCUUCCUAGCUCUUGGAGGUUCCCUUUGUUACGCUGAGCUGGGCACAAUGAUUCCCAAAUCGGGAGGAGAGUACGCCUAUCUCCUGGAGUGCAUGGGUGCUCUACCGGCCUUCCUUUUCUCCUGGACUUUUAUCCUGGUGAUACGCCCAUCAACCGUUGCCAUCGUCUGCCUCAUCAUGGGCACCUACACCGCGGAGUACAUCACAAAUAGCGAUUGCUAUGACAACGACCUGGUAGCAAGGAUAUUCGCGAUGAUGGCGCUAUUGAUCCUGACCUUCAUAAAUUGCUACAGUGUGAAAGCAGCCAAUCAAAUCCAGAUCUGGUUUACCAUUGCCAAGCUGCUUGUGUGUGCAAUCAUCAUUGUCAUUGGCUUUAUCAACAUUGGAAAAGGCAAUACGGAGUUCAUUGCACCCAAAACAUCGUUCAUGAAUAGUUCGCCCAAUGGACUGUCUUAUGCCUUAGCCUUUUAUCAAGGACUUUGGGCGUAUGAAGGAUGGGGUUUCCUAAAUUCAUUGACUGAAGAGAUUAAAAACCCACGAAGGAAUCUUCCGAUUUCUUUGCUGGUCGGCAUCCCCUUCGUCGCUCUUGUAUAUAUCUCCAUGAAUAUCUCAUACUUCACUGUUGUUACCCCAGAUGAGAUGCUUGCAGCAAAAGCAGUUGCUGUCACUUUUGCACACCGCACAAUGGGAUCUUUCGCUUGGAUCGUUCCUCUUGGUGUGUGUAUGUCGACUUUCGGAGCAGCGAACGCUACCCUUUUUACAGCUGGCAGGUUACCCUUCGUAGCAGCAAGGGAAGGCCACGUGGCUCAGAUCUUAGGAAUGGUGCACGCUAAGAGGCUUACCCCACAACCUGCUGUUAUGUCAGUGACGGCGAUUGCAAUGGCUCUGAUAUGCAUUGGGGAUUUUGAUGGUCUCCUCAACUACUUUACCUUCGCCGUCUGGCUUUUCUACAGUCUUACCGUACUGGCGUUGAUGAUAAUGAGAUAUACACAUGCUAGCUGGGAGCGUCCCAUCAAGGUUCCGUUGGUGGUUCCGAUCCUCUUUUUCUGCGCAUCUCUGUAUCUUAUCUUCGCUCCUAUCAUCAACUCACCUGCCCUGGAGUUUCUCUAUGCCUUCAUCUUCAUCAUAUCAGGCAUUGCGGUCUACUUCCUCUUUGUCUGGUAUAAGCUUCAGCUCCGAGGAAUGAAUUCCCUGACGAGAUUUCUGCAGAAAUUGUUCUUCGUUAUACCUACCAGCUACAAAGAGAAAGACGAAGUGAAGACACCUCUCUGAAACCACAUCGAAUGAAUGGACACUCAAUAUACAAAAGCAUCAUUGACAAAUUCCACGAUCAGUAAACAAUACAAUAUUUGUAUUGUAUGAAGCAUGUACUUCAACGUUCGCAGGUUACACAAUCUUGUAGCCAUGAUAGCUUCAUCUAAACGUUCAGAUAGUCCUACCUUCUAUUGCCCUGCGGUGAUCCUUAAUUGGAGCUAAAAGAAUUAGGAUUCAGAAUGUUUUAUCAUAUAUAGGACUCACAUGAUAUUGAUCAACAAUUUCUAAUCGUAAAGAUGAUUAUUUGCAGGGUUGAUAUGAACCGAUCAGAGAAAAGGGACUUGCAUUCGGCAGUUAAAGCAAGCAGACUCGACUCCAUGAACACAUUGAAAUGGCGAUGCCCCAUGUAUGGAUCAUAAGGUCUACUUUGGAGGUUUGGAUGUGGAUGUUCUUCCCCUUGUGGCUCGAUUCUUCAUCAUGUCUGAUGGACAAUAUUCUACGGGAAGAACAAUCAAUGCAUCUGGAAGCCAUUACACGGUGUGACGUACAGAACUCGGUCCUGGCGAAACUGUUCACCGUCCUGCACCAGUAGAGUAGCUACCCAUGCGUGCUCGAACUUCUAAACGUGCAAUCAAGUUGAGAGUUCCUUUUACAGGGUCUAAUCUAUCACUCCUCUCCGAAGAAGGACUUGAUGAUUCCAAUCAGAACUGGGAUAUCUUUUGUGCACAACAA